AAAACAACUUGUGCAUCUUUUCUCCAUGCACUACCACCACCUCUUACUAAAUAAAACCACAGGCUUCUACUCUUUCUUCUUUCACUUUCUCUCCGUAACAACUAAUCCCACCACAACCAUCGGCCUCUAGUGUCACCACCGUCUUCCGCCCAUGUCGAUAUCACCGAUCCUCCUCCUCAUCUUGGCCGCAGCGGUUCUAGCUCCAACCAAAGCAAUAAACCCUAGGAAGCUCACCUCCACCGACACAGCCCCAGGUGGAGCCCUAGAUGAUCAAUUUAAGUGCGGUGGUUGUCCUUGCAACAAGCCUUGCUACACUGCUCCACCGCCGCCGCCGCCACCCAAGAAGCCGUCUCCAACACCUGGCUUUAACUGCCCUCCACCACCCUCAUACAUUUACAUGACUGGUCCACCGGGGAAUUUGUAUCCAGUCGACCCCUACUCCCACUCGUCCGCCCACCGCCAAAUCUUGGUGGCUCCGCCGCUCAUGGUUGUCUUCGGAGUACUAGGUGUGCUUGCUUUUUGGUAAAGUGAUUAUCUCCAUAGAAGAAUCUUGAAAUUCCGGGCAAAGUGAUCAAAAGUUGAUGUGCACCGUGGACUGUUAUUCUGAUUCCAUGCAAAAAGGAAGUUUUUAUGAAUCACAACAGUUAUUGUCUAAAUAAUGUAGCAUUGCUAAAUAAUUAUAUACACUAAUAUUCAAAUUUUAUGUUUCUUGUUUGGUUACUUAGUAUUGUUAAUGUUGAUUAUCACUGUCAUGAUCUUCUUGUUGUCCUUUGUAACUUGGAAUAAUUUGGACCCUUUGAAAUCAAAGUGUCCUCUUGAUACUUAAU